AUGGAGUCCACCUCGUCGCGAAUUUCAAAAAGCGCUUCCGUCUCGUCUUGGAUUGGACAUGGCGGCACGCCAGGAGCCGGCAUAGACGGGCUCUCGAGUCUUGGCCGACUGGUAGACGGCCCAUUGCUGGUUUACAUUACUCUGGCCUUGGCAUACCCUGUCUUAUGCGCUCUCCUUCGUUUCCAGAGGCUCAAGGCUAUGCGAGAGAAGGUCGGACUCACGGAUCGCGAGUCCAUGUCCAAGAUGGAAACAGCUCAAGCCCAAUAUAUUAUCCAGCAACUGGUGGAAUGGGAAUUUCCGUUUGUUUUUGAAAAGUCGCUUCAGUUUGCUCUAUUCAAGACCUAUGGGAUCCCAACCAUAUCCACCCUACUUGUUGCCACACGAGUAUUCAGCUCGCCCGAGACCGCUAGCAAGCGAUAUGAGGACACGGCCGUCCUCAUCGGAGAGUUCAUGACCCAUCGUCCCGACGAGGAACGAACGCGCCAAGCAAUAGGACGAAUGAACUCCCUGCACAGUCCGUACAUCCAGGCUGGCAAGAUCUCCAACCAAGAUCUCCUCUACACACUCAGUGUCUUUGUGACAGAACCCAUCAGCUGGAUUAACCGCUACGAGUGGCGCCAGCUCACGGAUGUGGAGAUGUGCGCCCUGGGCACUUUUUGGAAAUCGAUAGGAAACGCCAUGAACAUCCAAUACGCCUGUCACCUGAGACGAGAUUCCUGGCGGGAUGGUAUCGAGUUUUGCGAAGACAUCACCGAGUGGGCUUCACAAUACGAGUCGCAACACAUGGUACCUGCUGCGGCGAGCAAACGAACCGCCACCGAGCUCUUUUCGCUGCUACUAUACCACGUCCCCGACCUCUGCAAGCCGUUUGCCCUGCAGCUGAUCGGUGUGCUCAUGGGUGAUUGUCUCAGGAAAGCAAUGAUGCACCCAGCCCCAUCGCCUGCCGCUUUCAUCAUUGUCAACGGUGGCUUUUCCUUGCGUCGCUUCGUCCUGCGCCAUCUGGCACUUCCACGGCUUGCCCCUCGGCGCUCGUUCUCGGAGAAGGACCCCAAGUCUGGACGUUACCAUCGCCUCCAAUACCUGGUGCAUCCGUACUACGUAGAGCCCACAGUCCGCAGCAGGUGGGGAGUGUCGGCGUGGCUGAUCUGGGCUCUUGGAGGGAUUUUGCCGGGCGGAAAAGGGGGUGCCCGGUAUGUCCCCCAAGGCUACCUGCUUUCUGACAUUGGCCCGGAUAAGCAGACGCCCUUUGGUCAAGACGAACUACGAGCUUGGGAACGCAAAGUCGAGGAGUCUAUGCCUCUCGGGUGCCCUUUCGCCAUCUGA